AUGGCAGACACAUCCCAAAAGCCCGACAAAGCUACCAGUGCGGCACAGGCUCGUCAGGUUAUCGAUGUCUUUCAUGAGAUUUCCACACUACUUAAUGCAGAACUCGAUCGCGGAACCUUGAGUAUUUGUAUAAGUCUCAUUGAGAAUGGGAUUAACCCCGAGGCGCUUGCAACAGUAGUCCGAGAACUCAAAAAAGACGCAGACGAAGUACGAAGACAGAUUGCCGAGGGGGGUGUUCUCAAUGGCGAAUGA